UUGCAGUUAGGUUUUCAACUGAAAUGACUAUUCCAAUGUUCGUUAUUUGGUGUUUUUACUGCAGAGUUUCCCCCCCUAUCACUCCUGUAUGAAGAAAUGUAGAGGAAUUUGGCCCCUUAUUUCGGGAGGACAAUGCAGAAUUCUAGCCAGUGUUGUGAACCCUAAUUCCAACCCUGUUUGUGCACCAAUAAGUGUGAACAUAUCAGAAAUUGUAGUUUUUGACCCAGUGCAACAUAGAAUGCUUGGAUAUGCACUGGUAUCAUGGCUACCAUGCCCAUAUGGAUUGAGGGAUGUCAUAGGGUUUCAGGUUAUCAUACAACCCAUGCAACCAAUACACUUUGAAGAUGAUUGCCAUAAUAUCACACUUACACGAACUUUACGAGAAGGGGAUGCCCAGAUUCGCCUCAGUGUGUUGUCCAACCUUUCUUUAAUACCAGCCACUGAAUACAGAGUUGAAAUUCGUAGUUUACCCUUCACACCCAACAGUAGAUAUGUUUCGGGAAUAUUCACUUCUAAAA